UUCAGGUAAAACCGUCCGUACCAAAUCAUCAGGGAGCUAUCACUCUCAGCGAAGCCAGACCUCCUCUUGACGUAUUUGCGUAUUUCUCCAUUACCAUUAAGAAACCGCUAAAGAAGAAGAGAGAAACAGAUUGAUUGAACAAAGAAAAGCUAAUUAGUUCGCCGGAGAAUCACCAACCAUGUGGAGGAGAUUGCUCUCUUUGCGCCUCAGUGCCCUAAAACGUCUUCCUUCAUCAUCGACGGCAGCAUCUGCUGCUCCAUCCGGAUCCAUUUCCACAGCCUCACGACUUGCUGUUGCUGCUUCAUCUCGCGUUUCUCCCUCACCUUACGUUUCGCUCUUCGCUCGCCAUUUCAGCGCCGAGGCUGCUGUUGAUGCUGGUCUGAAAAAGAAUGUUGAGGAUGUAAUGCCGAUUGCAACCGGUCACGAGCGUGAAGAGCUUGAAGCUGCGCUUGAGGGAAGAGACAUCCUUGAUAUAGACAACCCUGUAGGUCCUUUUGGCACUAAGGAAGCUCCUGCUGUUAUAAAGUCAUAUUAUGAUGAAAGAAUAGUUGGGUGUCCUGGUGGUGAAGGCGAUGAUGAACACGAUGUUGUCUGGUUUCGGCUGAAGAAAGGCGAGCCACAUGAAUGCCCUGUGUGCACACAGUAUUUCACGUUGGAAGUAGUCGGACCUGGAGGAUCGCCAGAUGGUUAUGGAAAUGACGACGAUCACCAUCAUUGAUUGCAUACAUUUUUUCUAGAAUAAACCGGUACUUUAAAGAGAGAGAAUUCAAAAUACGCUGCAGUUUUAAUCUGAAGCUGUGUGUAUUCCCAGUUGUUGCUUCAGCAACAAUAGAAAUCUGAGUUUUUUCGCUCUUAAUUAAGAUCCAACAGGUAUGUCUUCUUUUGGAAGAUGCAAAUCCUUUUAGGCUUUUACCAAAUAAUUGGAGGCUUCUUGAUUCUUUACCAUGACCCAGGUGGUAGUACAAUAACACACACCCCCUUUUGAUCUUAAUAUAUAAUUUAAGAAACUUGCUGAAUUCACUCUCUUUAUUAGCUCUUCUAUUACAAAUCUUGUUUACUUUAUUAUUGCAAUUUGCAAUAUAAUC